UUGUCUGAGUGGUCCGCAUCCUCAUGUUGCACUAAAAAGAUUUUCCUGAUGUUUGACAUUUUAUGAAAAACCAUCAUUACCCAGCAUCCACCGCUAAACGUUCCUUCCGGUUUGUCCGCCAUUAAAGAAAGCAGGUAAGAAUUUGAUGAAGAAUUACUAUCAUCUGAAAUCUUCACAAAAUCAUUGUCAUCCUUCGUUUAUCAGCAAUUCUUAUAGAACUAACAUAAGGUUUAGUUGUUACGAAAAGCAUGGCGCCAAUAUUGUAAUGAUAAAUAAUAUAAUUUAGCGGUAACGUCACCGGAAAGUUGCUGCGCUUACAUGACUUCUUUCCCUACACAUGAGAAUCGUAUCAUAUCGCCUUGUUGCUGGAGUUUCGUAACGAGCCGCUCUUUACAGUUAGAUGACAUGCAUGUCCUUGUCUAAUAUAGUCAUUUUCCUCGGCAGAAGUAAGCAACUACUAGAUAACUACGUUAGUUAGCUAUCUAGCUAACAUUGCUAGCAUUCUGUCUGUUAUAACAGCCAUAUUUGGUUAACGUUCGCUAACUUGCUUAAUCAAGAGGCAUACACCUCAAUACGUUAAGACUGCUUGUUGAGCUAGCUUUAGUGGCUUGUGUAGCAACUCCGCCACUUUUAACAUUUGGGUUAUUAUGAAGUAUUUAGUGAUGACCUACACAGUUUGUAAUGUUAUGAUUUCAUGUCUACUAUUCACUAGUUACCACAGCCACAAAGUCAUAAAACCCGCCCAUUUAUACAAUUUAUCUUAGGGUGUGUUGUUGAAUUCACUCUGUAGUGCUAGUGUGCGUUCUGGGCGUUCGUAAAUUCAGAGUGGUGUCAGAUUGUCGGUUUGUAAAUUCAGAGCGUUUCGUGCUCUCGCCGCGUUCAGAACGCACACUGGACGCUCUGGCUGAGGAGUAGGGUUGAUCCGACCAUUCUGACCUCACAGCUGCAGUCAAGCACUCAAACUAACUGGCUAACGUUGGCUAGCUACUUCCAGACACAAAUGAGAGAAUCUCACUCACUCAGACCAUUUUACUCACCCAAGCUAGGCUGGACACAUGACAUUUUAAACACUUUUUUUCUGAUAACUAGUAAAUUGCAUCCGCCAUGGAGCCCAGUUUCAAAAUAUUACCAUAUGUCCCAGCUGCUUGCCAUAAUUUUGAAGUAAUGGUGAAAAAACAGGCCUUAUUUUAGGUCAUUUAUCACCCUGCCAGCUCCUAUUAGUUCUAUUGAGCACUGUGGCACCAACUCGCCUUCCGAACGCUCUAUUCCCAGCCCAUUGUUCUAUGUCUUAAUGCCUGCUAAGCUAUUGUUGGCGAUGAGAGCUGCCCAUGUUGAACUCGGAGGCUUACCUCCGGUAACUUAUUAUUAACAAUGUUACGGCUACUUGGUGCGCAAACUCACUGUUCGCCUGUGUACACGUUAUUGUGACCCACAGUGCUAACGAUGGCUGGCACAUAGCCGUCAAACAUUUUCUGGUGAUGGUAAAUCAUAUUUUUUUCAGAAAAAGGUGUAAACCUGAACAAAAUACAUGUCCCUGUACUCUGUUUCAAGACGUGGCCGAUUUUAAACAGCCAGAAAGAAUACAUUUUUUAAAUUAAGAAAUAACCUUUUUUGGCGAUUUGUUGUUUCUAAAUGGCUGCAGGGUGAUUUGAUAUGCGUCGAAAUCUGUUUGUUCAUAGGCAUCGAAUUGAGCGACUGCUUCGCAGGUUCACUUGAGUUGCAAACCAAAUGGAUAGGUCUAGCGCAUUGAUUUGUAGAUCUGACGCAGUUGCUACCUCAGAUUAUGAGCCUAGCUAGUGUCACAAAUGAGCUAUGUAGUGCCCACAGAAGGCCACAGGGAGGAGCAAGAGAGUUAUAAACCCAUACAGUUUUUUUGCCUUAAAAACCCUAAACUUACGUAUAACCUAUUUUAGCCUUAACCCUAACUGGUAAAAAAUGCACCUAUAGCUGUAAUGGUCACCAUUUUCUAACCCUAAACCUGACUUGUAACACAAUGCACCUAUAGCCGUAAUGGUCACGGUAAUUCUAACCCUAACCGGUAACACAAUGCACCUAUAGCUGUAAUGGUCACCAGUUUUCUAACCAUAACCCUAGGUAUAACCUAUUUUAGCUGUAACCCCUUGUAAGUCACUCUGGAUAAGAGCGUCUGCUAAAUGAUGAAAAUGAAUAGGUAUAACCUAUUUUAGCCUUAACCCGAAUUAUUGGGUAGGGUAGCCUAGAACACUUUCAGAAACUAUUUUUGUAAUAAUAUUAUGUUAGUAAAUACCAUUAUAGUACUAAAUAGCAUUUUGAUUGUUUAAAAAAAACAACCUAUGAGCAUUUUUGUUAUUUUAUUAUAUUUAUUAUUGCAAGGCAGAGCACUUGAUAAACAAGCCACAUUUUAUUUUUCAAAUGUGGUUUGAGCUGGGUGUGACCUAGUAACCUAUAUGUGAAAGUCCAGCAAUUGGCUGGGGUAGGUGGGGCAGGUUUGAGACUGAGAAAAAUACACUAUUUCUCAGCUGCCUCACCAAUUUCUAUGUGAAUUAAUAACUUUGAAUUGCUAAAUAUUUCCAAUAGAUGGCAGCAUAAGACCACAAAGCAUCAGUUAUAGGCUAUAGCAGCAAUAUGAUUGACAUAAAAUGGCAUGCACCCAAAGACUAUGUCCCAUGAUUUUCUAAAAUGGUGAGCAAAAAAAUAGUGACUAUACUAGGUAUUGAACCCCGGCCAAAUAAUAACUAGUCAGAUGCGCUAACCUCAACCCUAGUAGACAUGCAUUAUAAAAACACCCUCUUAACGUAUCAUAUUGGAAGUAAACGGCCUCGGAAUGGAAAAGACGAGUGCGUCUUCCACCCCAACAACAAAUUACAUAAUGCAACCCUUGCGGUUAGCAAAUUUACCUCUUUCAUGACCCUCGCUUGCGCGAGAAGGCAGAGUGCUCGCUGCCACUGAUGGCACAAGCUUUUGGCGGGGCUUGUUGAGUUGGCUACUUUUGCGAGAAGGCAGAGCGGGUUGUUGCUGGUUGAUGAAUUUGACAAUGUAUGUACUAGGAAAUAUGUUUUUGUCGACCAGAGGUGACUGAAUGACUGUUCAGGCUUAUUGCUAAUCGUUAUAGUAAUGAAGUAUAAUUUCUAAACAGGAGCAUAAAAACAGGUAAUAAACAUGAAUCAUUAUAUUACUUCACAGUAAUCUGUUAAAUGCUUUUUCAGUCCUUCCUCUUUCGUUAGCAGUGUGGAAAGGGACAGAAAAAAGUGCGCGCAGGAGUUUUCCUGUGAGGGGAGUGGUGUAUCCAGGGAGAGAACUAAACUAAUCUUCUGAAAUUUCAUUUGUGGUCUUAUGCUGCAAUCGAUUGGAAUCAUUUAGCAACUGCGGUAGUACUGAAUAAAGUAUAUCCUUACUAAAGUAGUAAUUACUCAGAAUUGCACAAUAUAAAAUGUUCUAGUUCAUUUAAUCACUUACAACCAUAAAAUAACAGAUUUUAUCUCCAUCUCUUCAUUUAAAGACUCAAUCAUGGACACUCUUACUGACAAUUGUUCCUGCUUCGCGUGUUGUAUUGUUGUCUCUACCUUCUUGCCCUUUGUGCUGUUGUCUGUGCCCAAUAAUGUUUGUACCAUGUCUUGUGCUUCUACCAUGUUGUGCUGCUGCCAUGUUGUGUUGCUACCAUGUUGUUUUCAUGCUGGGUUGCCACCAUGCUGUGUUGUCCUGUGUUGCUUCCAUACUUAUGUUGUCGUCUUAGGUCUCUCUUUAUGUAGUGUUGUCUCGUUGUGAUGUGUGUUUGGUCCUAUAUACAGUUGAAGUCAGAAGUUUACAUACACCUUAGCCAAAUACAUUUAAACUCAGUUUUUCACAAUUCUUGACAUUUAAUCCUAGUAAUAAUUCCCUGUCUUAGGUCGGUCAGGAUCACCACUUUAUUUUAAGAAUGUGAAAUGUCAGAAUAAUAGUAGAUAAUUGUUUAUUUCAACUUUUAUUUAUUUCAUCACAUUCCCAGUGGGUCAGAAGUUUACAUACACUCAAUUAGUAUUUGGUAGCAUUGCCUUUUAAAUUGUUUAACUUGGGUCAAAUGUUUCGGGUAGCCUUCCACAAGCUUCCCACAAUAAGUUGGGUGAAUUUUGGCCCAUUCCUCCUGACAGAGCUGGUGUAACUGAGUCAGGUUUGUAGGCCUCCUUACUCGCACACACUUUUUCAGUUCUGCCCACAAAUUUUCUACAGGAUUGAGGUCAGGGUUUUGUGGUGGCCACUCCAAUACCUUGACUUUGUUGUCCUUAAGCCAUUUUGCCACACAUUUUGAAGUAUGCUUGGGGUCAUUGUCCAUUUGGUAGACCCAUUUGCGACCAAGCUUUAACUUCCUGACUGAUGUCUUGAGAUGUUGCUUCAAUAUAUCCACAUCAUUUUCCUUCCUCAUGAUGCCAUCUAUUUUGUGAAGUGUACCAUUUCCUCCUGCAGCAAAGCACCUCCACACAUGAUGCUGCCACCCCCAUGCUUCACGGUUGGGAUGGUGUUCUUCGGCUUGCAAGCCACCCCCUUUUUCCUCCAAACAUAACGAUGGUCAUUAUGGCCAAACAAUUGUAAUUUUGUUUAAUCAGACCAGAGGACAUUCCUCUGGUAACUUAACUUCAGUUCUUUCUUUCCACAGACAUGGCCAUCAGGUAUCCUAUGGCCGUGGGCCUUAGCAAAGGCCACCCAGUAACCAAGAAUGUGACCGCGCCGAAACAUGCUCGUAGGCGAGGGGUGAGUUAAUCUGAAUGGAUAGAAACAUGACACCCACAUGUAGUGUCGUAUUGGUAGAGUCCAUCAGGUCACUACGUCCUCAGGUAAAGGGUCAAGACCAGGGUUAUUCAAUUCCGGUCCUGGAGGGCCGAAACACCUCUGUUUUUCAUCCUCUCCUUCUAAUCAGGGGCUAAUUCAGACCUGGGACACCAGGUGAGUGCAAUUAACUACCAGGUAGAAAUAAAAAACAGAAGUGUUUCGGCCCUCCAGGACCGGAAUUGAAGAACCCUGGUCUAGACUAUGGAUCCUUUGCCACAGGUUGUUUGCUUGACCUAGAACUGCUGGGUGCUAGUUCAAAUUUGUGUUCUAAUCCCAUUGCUGCCACCAGUGUAGUGAUUGAGGGCCGGGGUUCAGGAUUCGCUUCGGCUGUCUCCCCUACAUCAUUGACAUGCAUACAUAUGUUCUGACACAAAGUAGAUGACCACAUCAAAUGGUUGCACCUGUUAUUAUAUGAGAAAUGGGUCCAGUGGUCCACAAUAUGGCUGGAACAUAAGCCACAGUUACUGUUGGUUCUAAUGCAUCUAACCCAGUGUCUCUUCACUGAUUUGUAUUUCAGCGUCUGACCAAGCACAGCAAGUUUGUGCGUGACAUGAUCCGUGAGGUGUGCGGCUUCGCCCCCUACGAGAGACGCGCCAUGGAGUUGCUGAAGGUUUCCAAGGACAAGCGUGCCCUCAAGUUCAUCAAGAAGAGGGUAUGUAUGAUUCCCCCGCUACUAACCUGGCUGGGUUUAUUUGUGUUGGUAUUGGCAGCAUGGAUGCAUUUGUCCCAUGUCAGUUACUGUUGCUUUCUGCAGCUGCUCUCUUGUGACAGUUUGAGAACAAAAUAAGUACAUUUUUCAAACUGAACAGAUUUUGUAUUACCCCAUUGAUUUUGAACUAGACACCUGUUUGGGAAUGUCUAGCAUUUUGUGCAGCUGUCUGAAAUGUUAUGGACUGUUUCCUCUGUAGAGUAUUUAUUGGCAAGAUGCAUCAAAACUAUUGGAUCAGUAUAAUUAUUAUCCUAUAGUUUGUCCAAUCAUUUAAUUCAAAACAAAAGCAAGGGAAGUUUUGCAUUAUGGAACUGCUAGCCCCAUAUUUGUUGAUUACUGUCCCAGAGACAUGCUUCAGUGCUUAUUUCAUCCUGAGCAUGGUAGUUAACCUGCUGUGAAAGUUGCAGAUGCGUUUGUUGGGUUUUCCCUGUUGCACAUUCUAAUGUGUGUUUGCUCCACAGAUUGGAACUCACAUCCGCGCCAAGAGAAAGAGGGAAGAGCUCAGCAAUGUCCUAGCUGCCAUGAGGAAAGCAGCUGCCAAGAAGGAUUAAGCGGUUCUUGCAAAUAAAUAUUUGUAUUUAAGAAAAUUGAAAGUUUUCAGUUCCUUUGUUUCUAAUUUUAGAACGACUAAGUGGUACUAUGCUUAGCAAUGGGCUUGGACUGUUUGAACUACUUUUCUCAAUCUGCAGAGGGGAGAGAUUUCCAUUUAUCCUUGAGCAUACAUAUGCUUCAGGCUGCAUGUCUUUUCAAGUUUACUAGGGUGAGAUGCCUGCAGACACUACAGACCUGGAGUAGAACUCUUCAGAUGUCUUUGGGGCACGUCUGUCUAAAUAAGCCAUUUACUUUCAUUGAAAUCUGAGUGUCUAAUCGUCUGGGUAGUGUACUUCCCAGUAGUACAGUUGCCUGCAUUUUUAGACAUGCCAAAGGGAUAGCCAAUGAUAUACAAGUCUUACCGGCAGCCUGUGUGCUUUCUGCAGAAACUGGCAAAUGGUAUGUUAUGAAACCACUGUUGAUCAAGUGGGCACAAACAAUUGUGUUAAAUGACAGUACUCAAGUUUGUUUCAACAGAUUAAAUGCAACCUACAUAUUUGGUCAAUAAAAAAGACCUAAGUCUAGGCUGCGUAGCAGUGACAUGACCAACUGUGGUAGUUUUUGGGGAUCUUUGUAUUACUGUUGUAAAGCUAGCAUCCCCUCCUAAGGCCUACUGUACUUCAACACAUCAGGGGUGUUCUCAGGGGUUGAACAUUGCUGAUAGAAAUGCAAUUUAUAGAGCUGAUCCUUCCCUAUUUUCUAUUUUAGUCAUUUAGCAGACA